ACCCACCGAUUUCAUUUCAUUCAAACGACAACAAUCGAGCUUAUUUUUUUCGCUGUUCUUAAAAAUCGAGCUAUUUGAAUCAUUUCAUUUCAUUUGUUUUUUGUUCAUUUUCAUAGUGAAUUUUAUUUUAUUUUUUAAAAAUGACUGACGUUACUUACUACAGACAAAUUCUACAUGAUCAAACUGAAUUUUUAAAUUCAAAAAUUGAAAAAUAUUUAAAAAUAUUGGAUGAUGAAUUGGAUCAGCUACCAGAAUCGGUUGUUGGACAAAUACGUCUGGUGAUUGGUCAAUCUCGUUUAUUUAUUAAUGAGCGUUUUAAACAAUUUUCCGGUUUGGUUGAUGAUUGUGAGCAACGACGUGGUGAAAAAGAAAUAAAAUUGGAAGAUUUAGCUGGAUUUUGGGAUAUGAUUAGUUAUCAGAUUGAUGAUCUUAAAUCAAAAUAUUCAGAGCUUGAGCAAUUACAAUCAAAUGAAUGGAAACUAACACAACCAUUACAAACAACAGUUAUUAAUGGUUCAGCAACAAAUGGUUUUUCAAAUAAAAUGAAUGGUAAUAGACAUCUUGAUAAUAAUCAUCAACAAAACGGCAAAGAUACAAUUGAUGGUGACAAAAAACCAGUGAUGAUGACGAAAAAAGUGCCAGCCAGAUCAAAUUUUCGUGAAUUUUUAAAAGCCAAAAAACAAGAAAAACAUGUUAAAAAUGAUACAAAAUUGAACAACGGUAAUGAUUCAAAAAUUAAUGGUCAUCAUGAAAAUGGUGAUACAACAACAACUACCUCUACAAAUGGUCAUCAUAAUAAUGACAAUGAUGAUAAUGAUAUUCAAAUUAUGAUUUUAGUCAACAACAAUAAUAAUAACAACAACCAUAAUGUCAAACAUAAUGGUGGUCAUCAACCAACAACCAAAGAUGUUAAAUCUGAUAAUGAUUGUUCAGAAACAAGCAAAAAUAAUGAUGAUGAUAGUGAUAACAAUGAACCAAACACUCAUCAAAAUGAUGAUGAUGGUGAAUCGAACAAAAAGAAAAAUUCAAUUCAAGUACCGGUUAAUUGAAUGAUUCGAAAAAAAGGUCAAUUUUAAUGGAAUCGUUAAUCGUUUUUUUCUUUUCAUUCGUUGGUUAUUUACUUAAAACAAAAAAUUCUUCAUCGGUGUCAUUUAGUUGUUUAUUGUGUUCGUUUCGAAAAAAAUAUGAUGAUAAUCUUUAAAAAAACCAAAUAAUUAAAAA